AUGUUUGACACUCAGAAGCCCCAUCCGCUGCUGGCGCAGGUUCCCUUGACUGUCUCACCUUUUCUGUCGUUGCCAACGGCUGUGACGCUGCCCUACACAUUUCGAUCCGUGCCCACGUCGCUCCCUCCUUCCAUCAUCGCUGAAAAUGGCCCUGGGAAGCCUAAAUAUGUCACAUCCUCGUCCGGACACUCUGCCCACCCAGAUGAUAUUAUCAACUCCUGUAAAACCCUUCAAGACCACCUCAAGAAGACCUUAGAUGCUGCAGACAAAGCUAUUAAAGACUGGGAGCGAGAUAUCAAGGAGCGAGAUCUCGCAGAGAAACGAAGAGUGGCGCCUGGAUGGCUGGACCGGGAGGAAAAGAUCCUGGAGCCCACAAAGGCGCCCUCGAAGACCGGCGCAGAUCAGAGCCUCCUAGAUGGGCAGCCUGUAAAUGUCAUAUCCGCACCUGCCAUGUCACCCAGCCGGGAAGGCGAAGAGCUAGAUCGAGCUUUUGGUGGUCUCGGUCUCAAAUGA